AGUUUCUCAUCUUCUUUCACUCAGAAACAAUACCAAAACCCAAAGCAUUCAUUUUCAGAUUUUGUAAGUUUUUCUUGUUAGCUAAUAAUGAAGAGAGAAAGAGAAAAUGGAGAGAUUCAGGGUUUUGACAUUGCUAAAUGUCUAAUGCUGCUAUCUCAAGGCCUAGAAACAAAGCCAAAAAACCAUUCGGUUAGCGAGGUUUUCGAGUGCAAAACUUGUCACCGUCGUUUCUCAUCAUUCCAAGCAUUGGGUGGCCAUCGAGCGAGCCAUAAGAGACCCAGAUUGAUGGGGGAGAAAGCAAAUGAACAAACACAAUUCUUAAGUUUGUCAACCAAGCCUAAGACUCACGAAUGCUCCAUUUGCGGCCAAGAUUUCUCCAUGGGGCAAGCUUUGGGUGGCCAUAUGAGGAAACAUAGAGCUGCCUUGAACAAAAGCUUCUCUCCAUUUCCCCCUGUUUCAACAGUGCCGGUGUUGAAGAGAUCGAAUAGUAGUCGGAGGGUUGUGUGCUUGGACUUGAAUUUGACUCCAUUGGAGAAUGAUCUGCAAGUUUUGUUCGGGAACAAGGCUCCCAAGGUUGAUCUUUGCAUUUGAUAUAUAAUCCCAUGCAUUAUUCCCAUGUCAAACUUGUAAUUUACAUUUCAUUAACAACAUUUUUUCAUUUGUUUUAUCAUGUACAACAUUUGAAAUCUUGAAUAUUUUUCUUUAUUGAUUUGUAUACUUUAAUUUGUUUCUUUGGCUUUCAUUAUCAGUUAA